AUGUCGCCAUGUAGUGUAAGCAAUUCGUCGGACUCCCAAUCUGCAGAUUCACCCAUUACCUUACCCUCCACGUUGCUAGGCUACCCACAAGAAUAUAGGGAUGUAGAUAUCUCAGGACGAGAUGCUCUCGAACCCCUUGCAAUCGUGGGGUUCUCCCUCAAGUUUCCCCAAGAUGCUACCACUGCAGAGUCAUUCUGGAGCAUGCUGCUUGAAGGCCGGAAUGUUUCUACAGAGUUUCCCAGCGAUAGAAUGAAUAUAGACGCGCACCAUGAUCCAAUAGGUGAUAGACAAGGAACCCCUUCCAUGAGAGGGGCACACUUUAUUAAGGAAGAUCUUGGAGCAUUCGAUGCACCGUUCUUUUCUAUAACCCCUGCUGAAGCGGCUGGGAUGGACCCCCAACAACGCGGAAUCUUUGAGACAGCAUAUAGAGCACUUGAAAAUGGCAAGUAA